AUGGCAAUAGUUGCGCGCUCAGACAGCGCAGUAGACAUCACCGAACGCCCCACGUCUCGUGCAGGAUGCAAGAUGGAUGCGGUGUGGUCCAAGUUGCCAGACCUAGCCACCGCUGCUGUGUGCACCUCCACGAUUCUUUGCGCUACACCAUAUGGCAUGUGUGUUUCGAGCGACGUCGAUUUGCAUCGCGCGAAAAAAUACACUACGCCGCUCCUGCUGCGCGCCAAGGUGUCUGGAUCCGUACGAUGGCUACAGCUGAAAGCACAAGUGAUCGCCCGUGCUGUGCGCCUGACCAACCGCUAUUGUGCGGCAUCAGAGAUCAAGAACGAUCCACAUAUCUCGAUGCGUCAUGGCCUGAAUCUGCCAACAAGCCAAGUACUGUAUCUAUGUCGGCCCACUGUCGCCACAGCUCAAUUCGGCCUCACCAUCGGCGAGCAACCUAUGCCUCUUGCCUCUUAUUCAGCAAAUUCAGCUCAGCCUCGUCUCCAACGUGUCGCAUAA